AUAUAUUUCAUCAGCCAAAUCGUGACCUACAUACACCCAAAAAAUUCAAGUAAUUUUUACAUUUCAAAUUGCGCGCUUCUGUAUCUAGAAGUUUAUUGGCUAUAUUUAUAUAAGACAAAUAUUCUAGCCAAUGGAAAAGCACCACAUAACCCGAAAUGUUCAUGUCAAAAAAUUGUAAGAUCGAUAUUUACGCAAUAUAUAGGUAGUGGGGAAAGAAAUGAAGUGUAAUUUUACCAAAUAGGUAAUUGCAUCAGAACAAAAAAGAUCAAAGUUUGAACUCAUUAUUCCAUACAUUGAAGAAAUAUUCAGAAUAUAAAAUAAUAUAAUAAUUUAGAAGUGGUUAAUGUUAACAAUUGGAUAACAGUAAGAACGAAUUUACUUAUUAUGGCUACAGCUGUUUCGUCAAUUCUCAAAUAUUUAGAGAAUACAGAGAGAAAACAGAAUUUUCCAAUGGAAAUCAGUGACGACACCCCUAAAACGAAGAAGAGAAAAUUGGACCAUUUAACAUGGGAAGAGAAACUACAGAGAAAAAAAUUGAAAAAUCGAGUGGCAGCUCAAACAUCUCGUGACCGGAAAAAAGCCAAGAUGGAAUAUAUGGAACAAGCACUCCAACAAUUAUUUUCCAAAAACGAGUUACUUACAGCUGAGUGUGAAAAUCUGAAAAUCGCUAAUCAAAAACUUCAAGAAGAGAACAGAGAGUUGUACAACCGUCUUCAAAGUCCUUGCUCGAGUUGUAAUAAAGCCCAAAGCCGUUCUGUCGGAUAUGAGACUCCCAAUGGAUCAACAGAGUCCCUCCUUCUACAGAAAGGAAGAGCCACGCAUCCAGCAGCGUUUUUGAGCAAACAACGAGCAGUGAUAUUGAUGAAAAUCGUACUGAGUUACCUUCUUUACCCGAUCUUCUCGACGAACUGGAAGCGGACGUUGACAUUAACUCAUUGGAACAACUUACCCAAAGCCUUUUGCAAGACAUUGCCAAAGACUUGGAUACUACAGUUUCAGAAACUAAUAGUGACACAACAAAAAGCUUUGGAGAAAUGGUGGGGAAAACAUCAACAAAACUGGAACCCCGUGGGAACGAUGUAUCUGAUACUAAGUCAUUAGAAAAGGAUAUAUCAGAGUAUCUACUGCUCCACCACAACUAUGCUGCAAAACCACCUUUAGAUGAAGUUAAGAAAACCAAAGACUCAUGUAAAAAAAGUAAAAAGUUGAAGAAUAUCAAACCUGAGGAAAAUAAAUCUAAUCUUCAACCCAUAAUUGAUUCACAAAAUGAAGUUUUAUUUGGAACGGUAAAUAAAUCUAGCAAUAUGGUAGGAAUACUUGUCAACGAUAAUGGAUUACCUGUUAUGGAAGAAGAACUUCAGAGGUUAGAAGCCGAUUUAGAGUUGAAUUUAAUUGUUGUUCCAUCAUCUACACCAAAUUGCUUGUCCCCAAUAUCCUGUGGUGAUUCUGAUAGAGGUUAUGAAUCGUUGGAUUCGCCAGUUAGUUUAUCUGAAGAUAUAUGGGAUCAAAGUAUAUCAGAACUAUUUCCUUCUUUGCUGUAGGUUUAAAUAUAUAGAUUUAUUUUUUAAUUAAGAAUCGUUGAGGUACAAAAUUAUUUAUUUUCGUUUCCAAUCAAUUUUUUGUAAACAAUUAUGUAUAUUUUUCCAAAUAAAGUUCUGUUGUUUUAGUUGAGAUUAA